GCCAGUAGUCAGUGUACCUCGGGCUGCCGUGGUGUGAGGUUAUGCGGCUAGCUGGCCCACACCUGAGUGUUGCGACGUGUGUAUUAUCCACCGUCAGUCCCUCCCCUGCGUGCGAUACACUUCUUGCCACUGUGGUUGUCAUGCUACCACCGAGCCCUCGUGGUGAUCUCAUCAACGCCCUCCUGCAGAAGCAACAUCCACCUUCAGCGACCCACAGUAAACGGUGAUUGAACGCAGCGGGUCAGAACACAUAAUGUACUCAGCGAUUUCGAGAGAAUUUCUAGUUUAGUGUAUACCAGACGACACCAUCCUGACGUUAGUGAUAUAGAUAUAAUUCAGUUGUGUAUAAGUGUGGAUAGUGUGGAUAGUGUGGAUAGUGUGGAUAGUGUGGAUAGUGUGGAUAGUGAAGUGAGAAGUGAGGUCGAGGUGGGUAAGUUGGUGUGGAGGACAAUGAAGUACAGUAAGGAGAGCCACCGGGAUGCUGGUGCCCCUGGAGUGUAACAACCCCAACCUCCUGAUGAAGGGCUGCGAGAAGAAUGCGGCUGUGACUCGCGCCCUCCAGAAGGAACGUCGUAAGAACAAGAGACGAGAGAAAGAGAACAUGUGGAGGAGGAACAACCGUAGGAACGCCAUGCAAGACCAUCGUCAUGCACUACCCUGCCAGGUCGGCCUUGCAAACUCUGCACAAGUCAAGUUCAAGAGCUCAAGAUUCCCAUUACUUCUUGGGCGGCAUCAACCAUGAUUGGGUGGGCUAUUACGUGCGAGGCGUGGGGUCCGACCAGUCCUGUAUUAAUGAGUGGAACGCCAUGGACAGCCUCGAGUCUAAGAGACCCCCCUCACCAGACUCCCUCACUGAUAAGGAGGAAACCCAGCUCCUCAUCCGCAGCAAGUUGAAAGAAAUAAUGAUGAGCGUUGACAUAGAUGAGGUCACCUCCAAGUACAUCCGACAGAGGCUCGAAGAGGACUUGGCUAUGAAUCUCUUCAAGUUUAAGUCGUACAUUGACCAAGAGAUGCUGGUGAUCUUAGGCCAGAUGGACGCUGCAACGGAGAUAUUCCCUCACGUGUACCUGGGAUCAGAGUGGAAUGCUUCUAACCUAGAGGAGUUGCAGUCUAAUGGGGUGGGUUACAUCCUUAAUGUAACCAAGGAGAUUGACAAUUUCUACCCCGGGACGUACGACUACCUCAACAUCCGUGUUUACGAUGACGAGAAGACCGAGCUCCUCAAACACUGGGACAGUACCUUCAGAUAUAUUACACAAGUCAAGAAAAAGAAUUCUAAGGUUUUAGUUCACUGCAAGAUGGGGAUCAGUCGGUCAGCAUCAGUUGUGAUUGCCUACGCCAUGAAGGCUUUUAAUAUGAAUCUUGAAGAAGCUCUCGCCCUUGUUAAGAAGAAGAGGACCUGUAUCAAACCAAACCAAGCAUUUUGUAACCAACUGAAAACUUAUGAGGGGAUUCUUGAUGCUAGUAGACAGCGACACAACAUAUUGUGGCGAAGUAAAUCUGAAACAAACCUCAAGUCAACUUCAGCACAAGCACGAGCUGACAAAGCCAACAGAAGUUUUCAGAACGACGGUGUGGAUCACACUAAUAAGGGGAGUCGACGUAAAAGUACAGAAGAAUUUAUGACCUGUGACUCCACUUCUAACUCUCUCAGUGUUCGUAUACCAACACCGAGUAAUCUCCAAAAUGGUGAACAGAACCGACGGCCAAAAUCAUGGUCACCGGACGAUCACACUGCUGGACUACUGUUUCCACAAAAUAUGGAGGAGGGUGGUGGUGAUUUGGGGGACUCAUGGCGCCUUUCUCAGUCACUUAAUGUGCAGUCAUGGCGGGCUCAUGUAACACUGCAACAAAGGGACCUUCGUGACAUGAGUGUAGAAGGCUCUCCAGAGGACAAGAAGGAAGACGGGUCAUCUUUACCUGUAGUAGAAGCACUCAAUCCACUUUACACUGACAGCCCAACUGGCAGUACCUUCAAUGAAGUUACUGCACUCCAACUGUCUUCCUCAGUCAAAGAUAGGAUCAAUGAAUUUGAAAAUGUACAAACUGGUACUAAGAAAACACCAAAUGCAAAGAAAGGAGAUACAAUACAGAUACAGAACACAGUCACAUCUAGUGAUGAUUACAGCGAUCAUUCUAGUACCGCCGAAUUAGAUAAAGUUAUCGAAACUCUACUUACACCAGGUGAAGAUUUAUUGGGCAGUGAACCAGUCGUGUCACAAACUAAACCACCCGCUCAGAAACUCCAGGCUGUGUUAGUUCCAUCACAUAUAUGGCAAGAAGAGAAAGGUCAAGUAGAAGAAAGCAUGGAUACACUGGAAAGUCCUGUGGGUGUGCCAAAAGAGUCAAUCACAUGGCCAGCAGGCAUUGUUAAGAGGCAAAAGCAAGACUUUGAAGAGAAAGUUAAAAUGAAUGAUGUUAAAUCAAGUUCAGAUACUAAAGAGGGUGAUUCACCUCUCUCUAGACAGAAUUCAUCUGGUUCCUUGAGUGGUCAGUUGCAAAAAGUGGAAAUAGUCAGGUCACCAAGCUAUGGACGACAAGAUUCAGUAGGGUCAGAUAUAGUAAAAAAGGAUGAUCCCUUCUCUGUAAAACUUGACAAAGUGUUUGACAGAGAGGAGAGGAAACAGCAAAGACUAAGUGCCAUUAUACCCUUUGGGGGAGAUAUAAAAGACACUCCAUCACGCAAUAGUUCUUGGGGAUCAUUUGACAGUGCUGUGGUUCUGGCAGAUAGAGAUACUCCUUCUAGACAGAGCUCUUGGGGAUCAUGUGACACAAGGGGAACUAUAGGAACUGUACCAUCAAGAAACAGCUCCUUUGGGCCAUUUGAUAUAAAGCAACAACCUCUUAUAGAAAAUUUAGAAACAGUAAUACCAAAUAGUAACAUAGCAGGGACUUAUUUUGAGAAAGAUCCAGGGCCAUUCUCGCCAGGAACCAUCAGAAGGAACAAAGGAAGAGGCUCUGAGACAAAAGAUGGCUUAAUUGAAGAUAAUAAAAUUAACUCAAAUGAAAUGGAAGAUUUAGAAGAAGGAAUAGUGGAAGAUUCCUCUCAAAUCAGACCUGUUGCAAGUGUUAAGGCAUAUGGCCCUGCUCCCUAUAAGAGUCCUGUUGAAAGGGUUGCUCCAACAGAAUUAACUGAUGAAGGAAUGGUGGAAAUCUCUGAAUAUUUCUUGGAAUACCACCAGAGCACACCUACAUUAAAUAUUUACAUUCCAGAUAGUACAAAUCCCUUGAACCUAACCAGAUCACAGCCUAAUAUUUCCUGCACAACUAUAUCUUUGUCACAGGGAUCAACUCCAGUAUCGCCCGAUAUAGAGUCGCCCGGGAAUAACGUGUUCAAUAAUAAUACAAAUUGUUCGGUAACUGAAGAAGUUCCUACACCAGGAACUGUGAAACAACAUAAGGAACUUCUGGAAAGUAGGAAUCAAGAAAUACUUUCAGUAGAGAUGAGAAGGACCCAGGAGAAACUUACCCCACCAACCUACACUCGCUCUCAAAGUUACUGUGACCUUAAAACAGAAAAAACCGAAAUUAAUCUUUCAAAUCACCUCGGCCGUAGUUUUUCCGAGAAGAGAGCCAAAUUUGAAGGACAUGUUGAAGGCGAAGCUGAAGGGGGCAAGGUUAAAAAAAUUACUCGAGCCUUAGAACAGGAGAGAGACGUCGAUAAAAUGAAGCGUUUGAGAAUGAAGGGCAUGAGAAAGAGAUCUCACAGUUUAGAGCGCCUUAGUACAUCACCUACUUCACCUGGGUGCUCCCCAGAGCAAUUGUUGGAACAACUAUUGGUUCAGACACAAGCAGAGGUAAGGGAUCUUGAGGAAGAGACUCCUUCUGAAGAAAUUUGUGUUAAAAGUCUUGUAGUAAAAUUUGAAGAUACUCAAGAGCAGAGGCUGCCUAAAGUUCAAACAAGGAGUGUAAGAGCAAAAUCUGACAGUUCCACACCAGAUAAGUUCCUACCGCCUGUACCUCAACGCAAAUCGAGUCUAGACUAUAAUUUUAAGCCAACACUCCGAGCACAGUCCCAACCUCCACAGACUCCAGUAAGACAAAUGACCCCGGGAGGUAGUUUGUCUCCUCCUGGAAAGGCACCUUCUCAUAAGCCUCCAUCAGGAGGACGUGGUCAAGCAUGUGGAACAGAAGUAAGGCAGAAGAAACAACAGGGAAAAACUCAUCCUCUGACCAAACUAACAAGAGCAAAUAGGGAGAAUUAUCAUACAAUGUAAGAUGAUAUUAUUAUUAUACUACUCUACUACAUUGAGGAUGCUGUUACAUAUGCUUCCAUCUUUGAAAACCAUCUUGUGAUAUGUAGAUUAAGGAUAACCUUUGCCACUUCCAGAUGAGGUACAGAUGUUAUAAUACAAAACACUGCAGAAUAUGCUGGUGCACUGGUGAAUCUCAUUUGAGGAGAUAACUUAUACUGUUAGUGGCUACCAACUUCCAGAUAACUAACUCCUGUGCCUGUUAGUAGAACACUUCUGCUGGUUCAUGGGAGAUGACUCACGAAGUCAUUUUAGCUUUGCGUAUUCUGUAAAAUCUCCCUUUGAAUGAAAUGUCACUUUUUACCCAUGAACUGCAGAAUAGCUAUGUGGUUCUUCCUGGUAUCUUGUAUACACAUUGCUAGUCGUGAAAGUAGGACCAUAAUUCAGGAUAUCUAAAGCGUGUGCUGUAUGGAUAUGACAUAGGCAGAAAUUCUGAAGCCUCACCUCAUUACAUGACAGUGACCACUCAUUCAUAUAGCAGUUGCUUGAUAAAAACAGCAGUGAAUUAUAUUGCACUCAUGUUUGAAAUUUGACCCAUCCCUCAAAUUUUUAGAAACAUGAUCGUUCUGUGUUAUGUAUGCCAGUAUAUUGAGGCACUAUGAUAAGACCAGUAAGGCAUUUUCAUUGCCAUUAUGUGUUGCUUCAGAAUUCAGGAAGUAGUGAAUUUCAUCCUACGUUUUCUUCCAUAUUGUGGAAAUUCAUUUCUAAGGUGCAACAUCUUGUUGCACACAAUUUCCACUAAGGUGUGCUAGUCCCCACUGCUAUAAUUAUUUUCUAGUCUGUCUGAACACUUGUAAUUUCCCUCUAGAAAUGUUAAAAAUAUUAGGAGUCGUCUUUUUCCAUGACAACUCAAGUGUGUGGCAUCUAUUUUCAAAAUUUGUCAAUCAUCAUUGUAUUUACCUCGUAUUGCCUCGUGUGAAAAUAAACCUAUGCUUGUUGGCCAUCGGGUAAUAGUAUAUGGUGUUGUUUGAAUAAUUUGCUGAUUUUUAUAUGAUUUUAUAUAGACAAGUCCCUUCAGUAUCUAGUGUCAUAGAUAUGUGAUUGUGAUGUCCCAGCUUAUUCAAGGUGUGUUGUGAAUCUGACAGAUUGACAUUUUAUAGCAAGUGUUAUAAUUAAUUUUCUAUUUGUAUAUUAAAAUACUGUAGUGAAUUAUAAAGCACAGAUCGUUCAAUCGUGUCACUUUCAACUAAUUUGUAGCUGGUGUCAGUAGACAUUCCUCCUUUUUGCUCAAUUUUGAUGACUUGCAUUGAUUGUGUCAUCCCUAUGUCUUAUUGUUAUGUUUGUGAAUGUGUACUAGACCAGUUAAUAUUUUGUUAUUACAACAACUGAAGUUUACAAUACAUUACUGUAUUUAAAAUUACACACUAGACCAAUCACUUAUCACAUGCCUUUUUUCUCAAUAUGCCAGUUCUUCAUGUUUAAUCACAAGGCUUAAUGAAAUUGAAGAAGUUGUAAAUACGUGAUGAUGGUGUAGUUUGUAUUGUAAAGGAUGUAUGUGACCCUGGCCAACUGGUCCCAGUGUUGCUAUUAUUACAGCAAACUGUACACUGAUAUUUUUGUCAUCCAGGGUCAGGUUGGACAGGUUCUUGAUUGUUCAGGACAUCUGACACAUGUGAAAUAUGUGCUUGUAAUUUAUAAUUGUUUGAUAUAUAUAAUGUAAAUGUUAUUUCACAUUAUGCUACAUAAUGUUAGCCAGAAAAAAGGGUGUCCAAUAUUACUAUGGUUACUGCAUUAAGUCUUACAUAGCAGCAGUGUCUCAAAGGGCAUUCAUGAUUCUCCCUUGCAAACUGUUUGAAAUUUUGGUUAAAAUGGUACAUCUUGCUUUAACUCUUAGUAACUUUUUUGAAAUCUUUACAGUUAGCACAGUUAAAUGAUUUCAGCACAUUUUAUUCACCAUUUCAAACAUUAUGAUUACUUGGCAGCCCAUCUCAAAACUGUCAAGUCUUCAUACACGCUCUAGGAAUAAGUUUGUUAAUAUUUGGGAGCCAAGUCAGCUUUUCAUAUGAUACUAUACUGGAUAGCAGAUGAGAACUUUCUUAGACAACUGUUAAUAUGCCUUCAUGUAUGUUGAUGUAUCAGUUGGAGUCGUCAAAAAUCAGUGAGAUGUUUAAAGUUCAGGUACCUGGUUCUGUUUAUGUCCCACGAUCAUUCUGAAUUGAUAUACUGUAUUGAAUUUGUGGCAAUUUAGUGAUCUUGAAAUAUCUUCAGGUGGCUCCAUACAUAGAUGACCAACACUCUUUCCAUUCCAAUUUCAUGGUGGAAUGGUUAACACCUCAUUAACCACAUCCAAUUAUUUACAUAUAAUUAAGAUGCAGAAGUAGUGAAAUUGUGCAGCAACAAGCAGGGUCAUUUAACAAUCAAAAUAUAUCCUAAAUGCAGCAUUCCAUGCCAUUCUACCAAGAAAUUUCAACGCAAAGUGUGUUGGUCAGAUGUGAAGGACCAUUUCUAAUGAUAGACAAAUUCAAAACUUUCAGCUGAAAUAAUAACUGCUGUACAUCCCGGUUUCUGCCAGACAUUCAGUACAAUACCUUCUUUCUGAAUGAUCAUGAGAACAUCAUGAAAACCAAGUACAGUACAGUACUACUACAUUGAAUAUAACACUGAUUUUUUACAACUGCUCAUUCACCAAAGCUAACGUGUUUUCUUCAUUGUCCUGGACCGGUCAAGGACGUCCAGGAUUUUUGGUCAUCCGAGUUUUAACACACAGGUGGACUGCUCACUGGCUAACACUGUGUUUAAUACACUGUCCUAGAUAAUCAAUACUCCGGGCCCUCCUGUUCUGAAUGAAGGAGAUUUUGUGUACCCUCUUCACUGUCAUUUAUUUGCGCGCAGUCUUUAUAGUGACACUGUAAAUAUUCUCCAGUUGUAACUUCCUCUUUGUCAUAAUGAUAUUGGUGAUUUACAAUGUAAUUUAUGUAUAACAGUGGUGUGCUAUAUUUUGUAUAUAAUUUGUACAAGAAUCUAAUUUAUGAUAAUAAAAUAAACUUUAAACUGUU